UUCGGGACCUCCUUAGAGUUUAUAUCUAUAUUUCAUGACCGCUCUCGAGAAUCUCCGAGUAAACUUGACAACUGUGUAAACAUGGCGAAAAUUGUGAUUGCAGGAAAAUCUGAUUGUCCAUACUAUGCCAGAUCAGAGCUUUUAGGUGAUAAGCUAGUGAAGAAUCUACCAGACUUUCAACUCCAUAAAAUUGUUAUUAAACCAGAAGAAUGGGAUAAAUGGCUAAAAGAGACCUGCAGUUCAAGAGAAUGGAGUCACAAUAAGUCCCCCUUGGUAUGGAGAGAACUGAUUGAUCGUGGUGGAAAAGGGGUCCUCAUAGGAGGUGCCAAUGAAUUUCAAGAAUAUGCCUUUGGAUACUAUGGCGUUCAAUCCACACAGGUCAGUGAUGACAUGCGAAAAAUGGCAGAAGAGAAUAAAGCAUAUAAAAUUGAAGAGGACAAGGAAGAGGAAGCAAUCAAGGCUCUCAGCCAUCCCCUGAAUGUUUGUAUCACAAAUGCUUCAAACCAAGUCUGUUACAACCUGAUCAAUGCCAUGGCAAGGGGCGACAUCUUCGGGGAAACAACUGAGAUUUCUCUGCACCUCUUGGAUGACAAGGCUAACAUGGAAUCAUUAGAAGGGCUUAGAAUGGAAGCCAUGGACUUAGCACACGGACUUCUCCGGGAAAUUAUUGUGACCUCAGAUGUUUCAAAAGCUUUUCAAGGAUGUGAUGCAAUUAUUGUGAUGGAUGACUUGGUUCAGAAAGAGAAAGAGAGCAGAGAUGAUUUCGUUAAACGGUCAGUGGAACACCAUGUAAAAUAUGCCAAGGUCAUAAAUGAAAAGGCCAAAAAAGAGGUCAAGGUCCUUCUCACAGGAACUGGUCCAACAAAUCUAAAUAUCUACAUGAUGAUUCAAAAUGCUCCCAACAUUCCCAAGCAAAACAUUGUAGGACUUUCACGCACAUUAGAAAACAAUGCAAAGUCUGUGGUAGGAGAGAAAUUAAAUGUGAAUCCCAGUGGAGUGGUGGAUCUCAUAGUUUGGGGCAACAUCAAUGGUGGUACCUACAUUGACCUUUCUAAGUGCCGAGUGCAUGGAUAUGAUGGUGCCAUCUGGGGACCACCCUCUUUCUCACUUCCAGCUGUUGAAAUGAUCUGGGAUAAAAAAUGGAUGGAAAAUGAAUUUACUGAACUUGUGAAGAGCCGCCAUCAGAAAUCUGAGGAGUUGAUGAAACACUCUGCUAGUAUGUCCAGAGCUGCUGCUAUAGAAACCACAAUGGCUCACUGGUGGAAUGGCACUCCAGAGGGUCAAAUAUUUUCUCUUGUUGUGGCAUCAGAAGGUUGGUAUGAAGUCCCAGAAGAACUAGUUUGUUCUUUCCCAGUGACCAUCAGUCCCAAAGGAAACUGGUGUGUUGUACAGGACAUCAAUCAGACAAGUGAGGUCAAGGAGAAAAUCAAAGAGGCUGUCAAGGACAUCAUUGCGGACAAAAAUGUGAUAUUCCCACCCCCCAAACCACCAACCCCACCACCGAGUGAGGUCACGGUCACUAUUGUGGAUCCCAAAGACCAACAGGAAAAGAAAGAUGGAGAAAAAGCUACAGACAGUGAUUCCAACACAGAAGCCAAGCUAGCCACAAUUAUCGAGGAGAAAACGGCAGAUUCUCUUCAUCUCCAAAACCAAGAAAAGACACCAGCAGAUACUCAAGAAGCCAAGCCAGAGUAGACUCUGCAGGAUGCACAAUGAUGUGUGUUGUAUAUAAUGCUGAAAGACUGUGAUACUGUUCACUUCAUGUGAAAAUGUGAGAACUCUUACACCAAAUCUUAAAUAUGUCACAUUUACUGUACUUGAUGUAUGUGAAGUGCUCUUUAAUAAAUUAUUUAAACAAAAAAUUUUUCAUUAGACCAG